CUUAUUUAAAUAUAAUUUGUAUGAGUUCCUAUUUCUUCUUUGACAAUCUGUCAAGAAAUAUUUUUUUUUAGUAAGCCACACGAAUUAUUUUCUGUUUCUGUCUCUUUUGCUCCCGCUCAGUGUUCAAGAUGAGUACGAAAAUCAUCAAAGCGAAUGCUGUGGACCCGGAUACCUUCGAGACUUCGAUCUCGCAGGCUCUGGUCGAGUUGGAGACUAACUCUGACUUGAAAGCCCAGCUGAGGGAGCUUUACAUUACUAAAGCUAAAGAAAUAGAAUUACACAAUAAAAAGUCGAUCAUCAUCUAUGUGCCGAUGCCUAAAUUGAAGGCGUUCCAGAAGAUUCAAAUCAGAUUGGUGCGUGAGUUGGAAAAGAAGUUCAGCGGCAAGCAUGUUGUGUUCAUCGGUGACCGCAAAAUCCUUCCCAAGCCCAGCCAUAAGACUCGUGUUGCCCACAAACAGAAGAGGCCCAGAUCUAGGACUCUAACUUCUGUAUACGAUGCUAUCCUGGAAGACCUGGUGUUCCCAGCGGAGAUUGUCGGCAAACGCAUCCGAGUGAAACUUGAUGGCUCCCAACUCAUCAAAGUGCACCUCGACAAAAAUCAGCAGACUACCAUUGAACAUAAGGUGGACACCUUCCAGUCAGUAUACAAGAAGCUGACGGGGCGCGAGGUCACGUUCGAAUUCCCCGAACCCUACUUGUAAGAUUAUGAAUUUACAAUAAAACAAAAACAUUA